AUGUCUAAAGCUGCUAGCCAAUACGCAACUCUCGAAGAUCUCCCCUCCAAGCCCAAGAGACCCCAAACCGGUUUCUUCAUCUACAAGAGUGAAGUCUUUGCCAAGAGAAGAACUGAGUGCCCCAACUUGAAGGUCCCUGAAAUCGUCUCUAAAAUUAGUGAAGAAUACAAGGCCUUACCUGAAAAGGAGAAGUAAAAAUACGAAGAAGCCUACAGAAAGGAAAAGGCCACCUACGAUAAGUAAAACGACCAAUGGAAAGAGAAGUAUGGUGAUAUCGAAAAGUCCUUGAAGGAUUAGGCUAAGAAGGCCCUCAAGGAAAAGACCAAAAAGUCCAAGGCUGCUGAAAAGGAACUUGAAAAGAGCAAGAAGAAGGCUCCCGCUGCUGCCCCUGCCAAGAAGGACGAUAAGAAGGCUCCCGCUAAGAAGAAAUGA